AACCGGGCUGAGUGGGGGGCUGGGGGGAGGGGUAGCGACAAGAAGAUUAAAAGAGGGAAGCAGAGGAGUUGGGAGCUGGCAGUCGUUCCAGGGGAAGAACUGCUAAAAGAUGAGACCGAGGCACAGACCUUACUGUACGAGAAGCAAUGCUCCUCAAACCUUCUGCGUCCUGACAGAGACCUUCCCAGAAGCAAAACUGUUGACGGCGACCAGAGCGCUGGAAGACGAAGAGGAAGAGGAAGGAGACGCGAAGCCAGGGCGGCCGGCACAAAGGCGGCGGACUCGCGGCGGCAGCGCCUGCCCGGCUGGGAGCCUGCCCACGGCCCUACUCCAGCGAAGUCCCGCACCGGCUUCCAGGAAUAAACUUUACGUUCUCCUGAGGCCGCACUCCCUACCUCCCACCCAGGACCGCACAUCUCCGCGCCCUCCUCCCCCAAACUCCACUCGGGACCCCGAGAACCACCCCAGCCUUCCGGCCACCACAACAAAGAGCCACAGCGACCGGCGAGGGUAAACAGCGGCGGAGGGCGAGAGGGCGGCGGGGCGAGCGCCUCCACGCAGCAACUCCGGGGUCCCCCGCUCGCCCGAGCGCAGUUUCUCCGCUGCUGUUUCCACUGGCUUUGUAACACUGGGUAUUUUCAUCCUCACCCGAACCCCUCACGCCCGAGGAUUUUAAACUCACCUUUACUUUCGAACUGAGAGUUGCGGUGAAUGGAAUUUUUGCCUUUUCCCCAGAUGGUUGAAGGUUAAGAUUUUUGGAAACCUCACCACCUCCUUAUUUCUAUUAUUAUUUCUGCAAGAAAAGUAUAAAGAGAGUUGUAGUGGAGGUGAGAUUUGUGAUCAGGAAAGCCUUUGACUCCCUCCUUCUCCGUCUUCCGCCUCUCUCUGAUUAGUUCCUAUCCAGCAGCAGAUUGAAGCAGGAGAUGAUUCUUCUCAAGGUUUGUUCAGCAGCUUCACUUCUAGGCGAAGGCUUCAUGAACCAAGUGACGUCAACCAACAAGGCUUCUCUCUCUCUCCUCUCUCUAACAAUGAAAGUUGCUGUUAACAAGGGAAAAAAAGAGAGAGAAUUGUUUAUACCAUUUCAGUUCCAAUAAUAAAUGACCUAUCAGCUCCUAAAGGAGCCAAGGGAGGGGGUUGCUUCUUCCUUCCAAGAAUACUGUAGCUUUGAGUUUUCAAGGUUCCUUGUCCCAAGAAAAAGUUAAGAAACUUAAAAUGUUUUGUUUUGCUUUUAAAGAAGACAGCGCAGAAAACAGGACUUAAAGCUUAGUUUUUAAAAAACAAAAACUAGAGAGUAGGAAGCAUAGGUCAACCAUCUCCACCUAAACUUUUUUUGUUCCUAAACUCAGAAUUCUACAAAUCAACUAAAUUAAUAUGCCGAGAUUUUGCGGAUGUUAAAACUCAAAAAGCAGGAUGCAAGAUGGUCCCGGGGUAAAAUUCUACUGCCUUUCCACGGAUAAGUUAAACUGGCUGUAAUGUUUAUGCACAGUUAAAAUUUAAAUAAAAGGCGUUAAAGUAGUAAAUGGUUUUAAAGUUGCACACACUGUAAAAGGUAAUCUCGAUAGUUUUUUUUUUCCAGUUUCUGAGAGGUUAGAAAAAAGCAUAGCAAAUUGUAGCCACUGAGCACUUUAAAAAAAAAUCAAGUUAUGAAUAAGACUGGUAGCCCUGUGCUCCUUUAAACUACACAUGCAGUUAUAUCCUGUAUGUCUAUCCCCAGAAUCUCUUACAACUUUGUUUUUACCUUCCAUUCCCCAACCCCAAUUCCCAAAUCUUGCAACCAGUCAAGUUAAAGAUAAAAUAUGGCCCAUUCCCUCCCGCACCCCAUCCUCUAGAUUCCUAAAAACAGUUUUUUUGUAAAAAAAAAAAAAAAAACCUUAAUCUUGGUAACACUUUAUAAGCCAACAAGAUACGUAAUUUUUUUAAGAAGUUCGUUGAGGUACCAUUUUUUCCCUUCAGAACACAAGAAAAUCUCAAAGUUCAUAUAAUUAAAAAUUGCAUAAUUUGAUUUUGAGGAUGAAGAGUAAGUAAAAAUUAAGCUAUCAGAGAAUAAUUUGAUCAUCUGUGUAUAUUUUAUACAUACAUAUGUGGAUAAAUGUAUCUUAAAAGAUGCUAUUGUUUUAUGUUUCCUCUUCAGCUACUGGCUGUGAUUUUAAUUGUGCUGGAGGAUCUUCAUUAGUAUUAACACAUGGGGAGAUUUCACAAAGCUGCUUCAUUAGGAAAAAAAAAAGCUUGGCAGACUAGGUCUUUUUGCAUGCACUGAGAAUGUCAGCCUUACCUCGGUCAUUUGUAACAUAAUAAGUGCAAGUACAAUGAUUGCAAUGCAGGAGCACUGGGGGAAGGGCAGAAAUACUGCCUGUCUAAUAGGGAUAUCUGAAAAGAAGGCUGCUCAUUACAUAGUAAAAUGUAUGCUAAAAAUUAGUGAAUAUGAUGUCUCAGGAGACUGAUGCUAAAUAAAUUAAUGUGCUGAUAUGUUUUUAAUUAUUAUUUUUGUAGUAGUUUAUUUCAUUCUCAGGAUUCACAUUGAGCAGCAAAGCUGUGCUAGCACUUAUUGAUUUUUUUUUCCCUGCCACAUUCCCAGAAUACAGAUUUUAAUCAUUUCACUACACCACACUCAGUAAUUUCAUUAAAAACUGGAAUCUUCCAUCCCCAGAAAAGCAUUUAAUUUCAAUGACAUACAAUUUCUCUUUUACCAGCAAACUAUCUCUACAGUAAAAACUGGCCUAAGGUUCAAAUGCAUAAUUUAAUCCUGAGUUUUCCAUGCUCUGCCUUCCUUUCAAGCUAUAAUUUGAGUAACUACCUAAUAACUGUAAUAAGGACAAUAAUUUCCUUAUAAUAUAUUAUUAACUCAUAUUUAAUUAACUCGGAGGCCGCAUUCUGUAUAUGUACGACUGGGUCAACAGUUCUAUAAUCUCAAAAUUUACUAAUAAUGUUCCAGAAGAAAAACAUAGAUUAAAAUAUAGGUAUGAAUGCUAGUAUCUAAGACUUCUAUCCCAAGUCACAUACAAAAAAGUUCAUGCAUUGUUCUACAAUAGUGGUUAUUACUCAAAUAAAUAAUAUUUUUAAGUAUGUGGAACUAAAAAAUGGAAUUCUCUGAUAUUUCUAUGCAUAAAGUAUUGAAUAUUAGUAUUUUUAACAAUCUAUUUCUGACACUUUAAUCAUUAGCAUACUGUUGAAAAUAAUUUUGAAAAGAUAAGAAAAAAGUGUUAGAUUCAAGUUAUCUUGAUUUUCAUAAAGAAUUCUCCUAAAAUAUACUUUGCUUGAAAUAAAGUGGCACACUGUAACUUGAAUAAUUAAGAAUAUAUUCUUUGCUUAAAUACUUCAAACAAUAUACUGCAAAGCAUGGUUCAAUUUUUGGUUCCAAAUAUAUUUUGAAAUACUGGAAUUGCUGAUAGCACAUUGGUUUCUCAAACAAUGGUUUCAUAAGGGUAUGUAAUUUACAUUGCUUGGAUUUUAGAAAAGAAACCUGUGAAAAAAAUAAAGUAAUAAAAUUCAUUAAUUUAAA